AUGCAUAUGUACAAGGAUAAUCAAGCACAUUCUGUCCAGCGCGUAAAAGGUGAGGCUGAGUGGCGUAUCGAGGAUAUCUAUAGAAACUCUGAGGGAACAAAACCCUAUCAAUCUAGCAAGGAUAAAACUGACAAGAAAGAUGUUGUCACUAUUGGUUAUUAUACCAAAGAUAGGACGAGGGUUUUGUCGAUUCAUGCUCAUGAGGAUGGAACUUGGAAUGAAUUCUUUUCACGCGCGGGAAAGGCGUUGUUGUCAUUCACAGCUCAAGUGAAUACCAAUGCAAUCAUAUGCCUCAGAGGGGGAGGUUAUGUGCUCCAUGAAUAUAAUAUAUAUAAGUAUUUUAUCACUGUUGUGGAUAAUAUGUAUCAUCCAAGCCCAUGA